AUGGAACCCUCGACGCCCCUGAACCCCUCUGUCCCCAUGGCCAACUCUGCUCCCGCUCCCACCCCGGCUCCCAUGGCCUCCUCAACCCCCGUGCCUCCCGUAACCUCUGCUGCUCCGCCCCCAUCAUUUGCUCCCAUGUCCCCCUUCUCCCCCAUGGAGGUUUCCAACUCAAUGGGGGCACCUUUCAACUUCCACAUGAUGAGGAUCGAGAAGCCACCGUUGUACAACGGAGAGGCGGACGUCUCGACGUUCGAGAACUGGUGUUAUCUGAUGUCAGAAUACCUGUUCUUCUACAACGUUCCGCCAUCCUACCACCAUCGCGUGAUGGGUCAAUUUCUCCGCGGUAGAGCCAUCGAGUGGUACCGCAAUUGCAUCGCCGAGGCUCCGACUCCGCCAACCGAUAAGGAUAUGCUGAUUGCGGAUAUGAAACGGUACUUCCUGCCGGCCAAUGCGUACGACACAUUGUACGAGCAGUUCUACCAGUUACGCCUGGUGGAAGUAGCAAAUAUUCAAAUGAGAACUUUGAAGACUGAAGUGGGGAAAGGUUCCAUGUGA